UCAGUUCCCUAAGUUUGUUCCACUUGCUGACAUACCACGAUGUUCGUCGCACUUUGGCUUACAUAUUUCGUGACGCUGACCACCGUAGGAUCGAACAUCGCACCACCAAGCUGCGAUGGUUUUUACGGUUGCAUAUCCUCGUUACGCCAGUCGGACUGUCCCAGCGGAGAGAUACUGGUUUCGGCGGCAUCCCACGAUGGGUGCUGUCCUGCGUGCCAAGGUGGCCAAGGUCACAUGAAGGGUUGCAACGUAAACGUUGCCAAUCGACGAUGUGCCCCGGGGCUACGGUGCGAGGAUCGGAAGUGUCUGUACGAUCAGGCUAGCUGUCUUCACACGAUUCACAUGCAAAACGAAGACGAGUGGGCCGGUUGGUACCCACGGUGCAAUACUGACGGGACCUACGCCAGCAAACAAUGCCGAGGUGACCGGCUUUCGGGCCGUUGCUUUUGCUACAGCGAAGACGGGCGGCGCAUUUUCGGGUGGGAUUGGUACAAAAGUGCAACAGAAAUGACGUGCGCAUGCAGUAGGCGUCGCGCAAAGUUAGAAACGGAAGGUCGCGUUGGUGUCACACUGCACUGCACCCAGAACGGAAACUAUGAGGAAUUGCAGUGCGAUUCGGGAGUUUGUUGGUGUGCAGAUCCGUACAGUGGAGAUCCACUGAUCGGAACAACGGUAGUUCACGACAGUCUGUGGAAGUUGCUGCCAUGCUAUAACAGCACACUUCAUGGUGACAGCUAUCUUCGGCAGUGCGAAAGUACCGCUUUUGCACAGAAAACCAUACAGAAAAAGUUCGCUCUUCGCGGUACGGUCGGUGUCACUUUCAACCAGAUUCAAUGUGACUACGAUGGAGCUUUCGGACGAUACCGAAUUGAGAACGGAAUAGUUUACUGCACCUGGCGAGACGGAAGCAAAAUUGGAUCUUUUCAGGUACGAUCCAGUUUGCUGUCCGGCGUGAAUUGUAACUGCGCGAGAGAUACCCUUAUCUACCAGGGAGCCGGAAUACCGUUCACUUUGGCCUGCGGCGGUAACGGGAACUACGAGUACUCUCAGGAUCAGAACGGUCAGCUGUUCUGCGUCGAUAGCGACGGAUUUGUCGUAUCGACCGAUGUGAAACCGAACGAAAGCUGCGAUAAGUUCAUAUACAAUUCGGAAUUUUACACUGAUAACUAAAAACUGAAAUCUCAACACAAAAUUUGGAUACUGAUUUUGAAACUCAUUCCAAUCGUAGUUAUUUAAUGCAGCUGACCGGGUUCGAGUAAAAUAUAAUUCAACAGAAACCUGAUAAAACUACAUAAGAUGUUAGUCACAGGUUGUUAGUCGAAAGCGAGAAAACAAAAAACAAGUGAAAAACAAACUAUUAUUGACAUAGAGGAAAAAGUCGUGGUUGGCGUAUGGAUAAAGACACAUAUUUAGAAUGUGUCAAGUGGAGAAACAUGUGACUCACGCCAUAAACCGUACGCCAUAAUCGUCCGACGGGGGAGAGGUCAUCGGUAGCGUUCUUUGUCAGCUGACACGGCACUGCGAACACACGCCGAUUACAAUGGCGGCUCUCGACAGUGGGAACUAGUUAGUACUUUAUUUGGUUAACAAUCGCCCUUAUUCUUAAUAACGACUUAUUGAUUAUUCGAUCGAAUGUGGUUCGAUCGAAUCAUAGCUACCUUUGAUUUUGCUAGCGUUAUGGGGAAUACAAAUGAAAUACGAGGGAAAAAACGAUACGACGUUAUUCAGAAUAAGGGCGAAUAUCUGAUAUCGGUUACUUCCGUUGAAACAAAACAAAACGAAAACAAUUAACUGAACUGUUUUCCCACUUUUGUUUUCCAAAUUGGUUUUUAUUCAGAGAUACGAAAUUCCACUACCCACAGCUUUCGUCUCAAUAAACCGAUUAGUAGAAAUAAAAUCACA